AGGUAUUGUUGUGAAUAAGGAAACCCCUCCCACUUUCAUAGUUAACCAGGAAGAAAUCUGAGACUGACACACCUGUUGAUCUACAGUUUUAGAUCACGUCUGACCUGAAGCUCAUUCGACUGAAGAACACGGAAUAAUUUGAUCAGGAUUAGGACAGUAAUAUUUGGGAUGCACAUUAUUGAAAUGCUCUGCUGUGAAUGUGAAACUCUUUGAUUUAAAAACAGAAUACUGAGUGUUAAAACGUGAUUAGUAAACUGAAAGUGAAACUUUGAAGGAUUUUGACGUGUGGCUCAGAAAAUGGCGUCUACAUCUUUUUCUGAGGAGGAUUUCUCUUGUCCUGUGUGCUGUGAUGUUUUUAAAAAUCCUGUUGUCUUGUCCUGUAGUCACAGUGUGUGUGAAGAGUGUAUUCAGACGUUUUGGGAAAGUAAAGGAUCGAAAGAAUGUCCAGUUUGCAGAAGUAGAUCAACAUUAGAUCAUCCUCCAUUAAAUCUGUCUUUGAAGAACCUGUGUGAGACUUUCUUACAGGAGAGAAGUCAAAGAUCUUCAUCAGGAUGUGAAGCAGUCUGCAGUCUUCAUGAAGAGAAACUCAAACUCUUCUGUCUCGAUGAUCAACAGCCGGUGUGUUUGGUGUGUCGAGAUUCCAGAACACACACAAAUCACAAAUUCUGUCCUGUAGAUGAAGCUGUCAUCGAUAAUAAGGAGAAACUCAAAACUGCACUAAAACCCUUACAGGAGAAACUGAGAAUAUUUGAGGAGUUUAAACAGAAUUUGGAUCAAACUGCAGAACAUAUUAAGUUUCAGGCUCGACACACAGAGAGGAAGAUUAGUGAGCAGUUUGAGAAACUUCACCAGUUUCUACAUGAUGAAGAGGCCGCCAGAAUAACAGCAGUGAGAGAGGAAGAGGAGCAGAAGAGUCAGAUGAUGAAGGAGAAGAUUGAGAAGAUGAGCAGACAGAUUUCAUCUCUUUCACACACAAUCAGAGUCAUAGAGGAGCAGAUGACAGCUGAAGACCUUUCAUUCCUACAGAACUUGAAGAGCACAAUGGAAAGAACCCAGUGUACACCAGCAGAUCCAGAGAACAUUUCAGGAGUUCUGAUCAAUGUCCCAAAACAUCUGAGCAACCUGAAGUUCACUGUGAUACAGAAGAUGCAGGAAAACGUUCAAUACACUCCAGUGACUUUGGACCCCAACACUGCUGACUGUAAUCUCGUCGUGUCUGAUGAUCUGAUCAGUGUGAGACUCAGUGAAGAGAAACAGCUGCUUCCUGAUAAUACUGAGAGAUUUGAUAUGUAUGAGUGUGUUUUGGGUUCAGAGGGUUUUAAUUCAGGGAUUCACUGUUGGGAUGUUCAGGUUGGAGACUGUACAUGCUGGUUUUUGGGUGUGAUGAUAGAAUCUGCUCAGAGGAAGAAUGACAUAUUCUCCAGGAGUGGAUUCUGGUGUGUGGGGUUUUAUGAUGGUGAAUAUGUUCCAUUAAUUUCACCUGAUCAAGAAUUUGACGUCUUGGUGAAAGAGAAACUCCAGAGAAUCAGAGUUCAGCUGGACUGUGACAGAGGAAAACUGUCAUUCUCUGAUCCUCUCACUAACACACACAUACACACUUUCACACACACGUUUACUGAGAGAAUAUUUCCAUUGUUCGGUGUUGGCUGUGACAUUUCUCCUCUGUUGAUCUUACCAGUGAACUCCUCUGAAAAAAAUGACUUAAGAAUGAAAUUAAAGAUAAAACUUGUAUCUACAAAAGUUUAGUUCCCCUUCUGUCAAUCACUCGACGUUGUGUCGAAUGAAGUGACACAAGGGGUCUUCCUUGGAUGCCGAAUUGUACCUCUGAACCUGAGAAAAGGGCAAUGUCAAGUAGGCAGACAGAAUUUGCUUGCCCCGCCCCGGACAUAAAGGGAAGCGGGGCAGAGAAUGCCAGUCACAAUUUUUCUUCGUAGCCGAAUGGUUGUGCAGCAAGCAGCUGAGAUUCACUCCUGUUCCACUCACCUCUACUAGCGAGAAGCAUUGCUGUUGGAUCCGCACGGCGCAUUUCCAGCAGGUGUCUCUCUCUCUGCAUGCUGUGCAGUUCACACCCCUGGGCACUUCAACAGCGCUUUCUUUCUGUUUAAAAGAGUGUCUCCUCCUAAAAGAGUUGUAGUUCCUCUAAAAGAGUCUGAGUUUUCCACUAGUUUUUCCAAAAGAGCAACACACAGCGGCGUUGAACGUCCUUUUCAGAACGUGUCUUUUUCAAGAUGCCUUUCCGCCUCUGUGUAGUUCCUGGAUGGGGUUGAUUUCUCUCAACUUCUGACGGUCAUAAAAGCUGCCUCGUGUGCCUGGGCUGCGAGCACACGCAGGCAGCGUUUUAUGAAUGGUUCAUGUUCUCAGUGCGAGAACAUAGCCAUGGCAACAUUGCGGUCGCGGCUCACGAGAGAAAGCCACUUUAGCCGCCCCCGCAUCAUUCCUUCUUUCCACAGGAUUGAGGACGACUCGGCUAGCGAUGAAGGCAACUUGGGGAUAACAAUGGGCUCAGUUUCGCCGGGUAAAUCCCCACGAACCACCCGCCCCCGGCAGCCCCGAAAUUGGAUGACGACAUUGCCGCUGCAUCGGAGAGUGUCACAACGGCAUCUGAUGCUAAUGACUCAUCUGGGUUUCCACCUUCGGGUCUGCUCGCUCAGUCUGAGGCCGACGCGCAGAUGUCCGUAAUGCUUUCCUGGGCCGCUGUGAGUGCGAGGCUGGACUGGAACCCCCGUCCUCCCCACAGCCUUCGCGGCAUGACGACCGGUACCUCGGCACGGCUCACAGCCACGCCCCCCCCCCGGUACUAUUCUUCCCGGAAGUGCAUGACGAGCUGACACGGUCGUGGAGGGCACAUUUCACUGCCCGUAACCGACCCCCUCGCUCGUCCGCUCUCACUACCCUGGAUGGCAGAGCGGCCCACGGGUACACAGGAGUCCCCCAGGUGGAUAGGGUGGUUGCAAUCCAUCUGUGCCCAGAGAACACUGCCACUUGGCGGGACCGCCCGGUACUCCCCUCUAGAGACUGUAGGAUGAUGUCAUCACUGACCUCCAAAGCCUACAGUGCCUCCGGACAGGCCGCCUCCGCCCUGCAUGCCAUGGCUCUCCUGCAGGUCCAUCAAGCCAAGGCACUUAAAGAUCUGCACCUUGGUAGUCCCGAUCACGAUGUGCUGCAGGAUCUGCGCUCUGCCACCGACCUUGCUCUCAGAGCCACGAAGGUCACAGUGCAGGCACUCAGGUGGGCAAUGGCCACCCUCAUGGUCCAGGAGCGCCACCUUUGGCUGAACAAUGUCGAGAUGCGCGACGUUGACAAGGCUAAGUUUCUCAACGCCCCCGUCUCCCAGCUUGACUUCGCCCAGCAGUUCUCAGUGGUGAAGAAGCAGAUGGAAGCGAUUUCACACAUCAUGCCAUGGCGCCGCCCAACCAGCGUGCACCCCCGUCUCCAGGACCCCUUCCCGGACCAGAAAAUCUCCAAAGCGCUCCUGAGAGGGGCAACCCAGGCAGUCGGAUGUUUGUUCUGAAGAUGGUACCAAGACCACACUGUCCCCUGGUGGAAGGCUGGGAGGAGAAUCCUUGUUUUCCUUAUUUUCAUUUGCCGCACCCUCUCCGGGUUGCGGUAUCCACAUGUUCAAUAAAAGAGUGAUUUCCCCACUCCCUGGGUCAUCCAGCCGGUGUGGGCCAUUCUCACGACACCCCGGCCCUAAAACUCUACAGUCACGGUUCCCCAGAUGCAGCUCCCUCGCCUCCGGCCCCGCGACUGCUCAUCCCCGGCAGGCCAGCGCUGAUGAGUUCCGAAGGCGCCUCCUUUGGACCUCUUCCUCAGUCUCUAACCUGUCCCCUGCUGGGUGCGUGGAGCAAGGCAAGUGCUUUGAGUCUUCUCAGCACUCGAGCGCUCUUUUGCCUCCCGACGCAUUAUUACCUGCUCCCCCCGCCGCGAAGCCCCGCCCGGUAUGUCAAAAAUUAUCUUCCAGUUAGUGCCCCUCGCACGGAGUUUGGAUGCGUGGCUCUCACUUCCCAAUCCGUCGCGUUGGUUGGCCAGGACCAUCCGACUCGGCUACGCGAUUCAGUUCGCCCGGCUCCCGCCUCGUUUCAGCAGUAUUCGCUCCACUCUUGUGCGUGGCCAACAAGCCAGUUUAGUUCUGCAAGUUCUCAACCGGGCUUUGUACAGAGUCCUGUUCAAAAUGCUCACGCAGAAACAGAUUCUCACCUGCGUUCGACAGCUAGAUUAGUUCGCGGUGGUAGACUUAAAGGACGCAUACUUCCACGUCUCUAUUCUGCCACAACACCGACCUUUCUUACGGUUCGCGUUUGACGGCCAGGCGUAUCAGUACAAGGUCCUCCCCUUCGGCCUAUCCCUCGCUUCGAGCCCGGCACAGCGGUUCCUCUAAAACAAUUCCAGAGGCUCCUGGUGCAUAUGGCAUCCUCGGGUUAAUGCAUAUGGGACCUCUACAGCACUGGCUACAGACUCGAGUCCCGAGAUGAGUAUGGCGGGACGGCACACACCGUGUGACAUUCACCCCUUCCUGCCGUCAGACUUUCAACCCUUGGACAGACCUCUGCUUUCUGCGCAAGUAUGCAUAUCCCCCAGUGAGCCUUCUUGCAUCGGUGCUGUGCAAGAUCAGGGAGGACGAGGAACAGGUCAUCCUGGUGGCCCCCUACUGGCCCACCCGCACCUGGUUCUCGGAUCUCACUCUCCUCACGACAGCCCCUCCCUGGAAAAUUCCCCUGAGGAAGGACCUUCUUUCCACCUGCUGUCGUAGAUACGAUAGGCCCUCCUGAUCGCGUUAGCCUCCAUCAAGAGGGUUGGAGACCUGCAAGCGUUCUCUGUCAGCGACACCUGCCUGGAGUUCGGUCUGGCGCUUUCUCACGUUAUCCUGAGACCCCAACCGGGCUACGUGGCCAAGGUUCCUACAACCCUUUUCAGGGACCAGGUCGUAAACCUGCAAGCGCUGCUUUGGGAGGAGACAAACCCAGCCCUUUCGUUGCUGUGUCCGGUGCGUGCUUUGUGUACCUAUUUGGACCGCACGCAGAGCUUUAGAUGUUCUGAGCAGCUCUUUGUCUGCUUUGGCGGACGGUGGAAAGGGAACAGCAUCUCCAAACAGAGGUUAGCCCACUGGGUCGUUGAUGCUAUUCACACCCAGGUGAAUCACACCCAGGUCAUGCCCGCCCCCUUGCGGGUUAGAGCACACUCUACUAGAAGUGUGGCAUCCUCAUGGGCACUGAUCCAUGGCACCUCCCUAGCAGACAUCUGCAGAGCAGCGGCUGGGCAACACCCAAUACCUUUGCCAGGUUUUACAAUCUGAGGGUAGAGUCGGCCUCGUCCCGUGUUUUGUCAGGUCCGAGCCGGUAGAACUCGUAAUGUGGCACAACCGACCGGGUUUUUCCGCUUGCACCUUGCGCCCUUCACCAAGUUGAUCCAGUGCGCCUUCUGUCCCAGUUUAGCCACUGAGCGUCGCUGCCUGGAUGUUUCUCCUCCCUAGUCCUCUGGCCCGCAAAUUCAGCGGAGCAAUUCGCGGCCAGACCCACUACGAGUUUCAAUGCUCUGUACUGGGGUCGGGCUCCACGGGCAUAGUUCCCUCUCCAGGCUAACUCCCUGUGAUGUAUUUUGCACGGUACGGUCCCCCUUGUCAGCGGACCCGCAUUUCCCCCAGGGAGUCCCGCUGCCCCGGCCGCCGUGCUUGUAGAGUCCCCCCUCAUUAGGCUGGACCUACCAACUGGGCAGGGCGUGGCCUCCGCAGGGUCUUUCCCUCCUGAAAGAAUAGGAAAUUUGCGGACCGGACAGCUACCUUGCCUCCAGCCUCGCCUACAGCCCCGGCACGCCAGCGCUGACGAGUUCUGAAGACGCCCCCUUAGGCCUCUUCCUCAGUCUCUAAAUCUGCGUCCUAUGUGAGAGACAUAGUGAGAGAGAAGCCGCGGCUGCUAGGCUUGCUCCCAUGCUAGGCAUGUAACACCAUUUUCCCCCCUCAGGGGUGCGGGAACCCUAAGGUUUGUAUGCAAAAAAUAAAAAAAGGAGUUGGGGGCGUUGGGGAGGGCCAGCACAGGCGCCUCUAGCACGCAAUAGCCUGUUGUGCACCUGUUUCAACAGUCACGUAACACGGUCAGUGUGUGCCGCUUUUCUAUGGACCCCUUGUGUCACUUCAAUCGACACAACGUCGAGUGAGUGACAGAAGGGGAACGUCAUGGUUACUGUCGUAACCUCCGUUCCCUGAGGGAGGGAACGAGACAUUGUGUCCCUCCUGCCACAGCACUAGACCUAGCGCUGUAAAAGGCCGUGCUUCAUUUUCGGCUCCUCCGUGCAAAAUCCUGACUGGCAUUCGCUGCCCCGCUUCCCUUUAUUCCCGUAUGUCCGGGUGGGGCAUGCAAAUUCUUGACAUGGCCUUUUCUCAGGUUCAGAUGUACGAUUCAGCGUCCAAGGAAGACCCCUUGUGUCACUUCAUACAAGACAACAUCUCGUUCCCUCCCUCGGGGAACAGAGAUUACGACAGUAACCAUGACGUUUCUGUAGAAGUCAGACUAAUCAAAUGUGUCUUUGUAGAAUCACCUGUUAAUUCAUUUAUUCUGACGUUUUAAUGCUUUUUAAUGAUGCUGGCUAAGAUGUGAAUUCAUAUGGGAGAUCAAUGAUUUACUGUACAUCUUAAUAAUGUGAUCUCGGGUUGUUAUUGAUCAUUAUAUGACAGAUAUUAUGAGCAAUAAGUAUCAUUUGUGUUUGCAAAAUAAAAAGUA